CAACAAGGCGUUCUCACAUUUGAGGUCCCGGUGGGCCACACCACAGCCAUGGCAGUAACGGAUGGCCUCGACCAUCUGAUGGAAGAGGGCCUUGGCCCGGCUCUCGGGCAGUGGCCCCCCAUUCAGCACACAGUCAAAGACAUCCCCUCCUUCAGCCAGUUCCAUCACCAGGUAGAUUUUCCCGUCGGCAGACUCCAGCAUCUCAUACACCCGGAUGAUGUUCUUGUGCUCCAGGGUGCGGACAAUCUGGAGCUCCCGAGGCAGGAAUCUCUGGAUAAAUUCUGAGGAAACAAAGGGGAAAGAGAUGGGGUAUCAAGUCCAGAAGGGCAUCACUUUUCACUCCUGUCUCCUGCCUUCCAGCUUUCGUCUGCCCACCGUAUCUGGGUCUGGGGCCUUGGUUCCCAUUACCAGUCUUAAAUGUCUGACUGCUUGGACAUUGCAAAGAAUGCUCACUGCUAUUAUUUUUGUAGUGAAUAUAUUCAGAGAACUACUCCUUGCCACCCUCAGGGACUGUUGUGAGCAACCUGAGAGACCAUGGAUAUCAAAGUGCUUUGGGGAUUUUUAGACAAAACCACUGAAUCUCAGUUAUGAGGCCUGAUUUGCCCACAGCGUGGUGAGCCAGCUCCUCACACCCCGGCCUCCUGACCCACGGUUCUUCCCAUGAGCGCUGUCUUCCUUUUUCCCACUUCUGCCUGCCGUGGCAGCAGCUCCUACCCUCUGCCAGCCCAGGCCAUGGCCCCUCUGCCUAUCUCUGUCCCCUUCCUGGAAUAGGGAAGGCCCGGCAGACUGGGGUUCUGCCUCUGAGGACCGUUUACCUCCUGCCACUUUAAUCUUGGGUUUUAGAGGUGUGAUGUUCCAGGACUCCCAGCAUCUUUCUGUCCCCCCGACCUACCCCAGAGCCACAAACUCUUGCACUCCUUGGUUCCAGACUAAAGAGGAGGAGGGGAUGAUCCUUCCCACUCGAGGAAGUGCCCACCCAUCUCAACCAGCCCUCCCUUCCUCCAAAGGGGCCCCGGCUCACCUUCUGGCCCUCCCUUCUUGUCUAUAAUUUUAAUUGCCACUUUUCUUUGGUGUUUUUUGGAAAAUGCUUCUUUGACUUUUGAGUAGGUCCCUUCCCCAAUGGUCUUGCCCAGCUGGUACCCAUUGGAGAGCAGAAAGUCCUCCAUGCUGUCUAGCGCCUCCUUCCUAUCACCCUCUCAGCUCAUGCUGCCUCUGUGAGGCAGCUCUACUCCACCAUCGCCCUUGGCCUGCUUCUUUUCCCCCCAAGGACUUCAUGCACAGCCUCCCCCAGCGCUAGAACAUUCUCGUCUGGACACAGCAGCCACCGGUGGUGGGGAGGGAGAGGGCCAGACAUUUUAAAUCUCCGGCCCAAUUGUGAUGUAAAUGCUGUGUGACCCUUGGCCAAAAUUGUCAGUGCCUUUACCAGCCCUCACCAUCACCACCACCAAACCCAGCACGGGUUUCAGUCACCGCCACGCCCCGUCCCUCCCGCCAGGCUGGGAGUUGCUGCCCGCCGGGGGGCGCUCCGGAGCGUCUGGACGCCGCCCGGGAUGACGGGCUUCUUUUCGUGGACGCCGCCUCGCGGCUGCUUGUCGCCGCCUCCUGCGCCCCAAUAGGGCUGCCGGGGGUCUGCACGACCCGGUACCGAGGCGCCAUGGCCAGAGCCCUCCAGCCCCGGCUCGCGGCUGCGCUGAGUGCCGGGCGGCCCGAGACGGCGGGGGGUUCUCGGCGAGAGGAACGGGCUCUGUGAGGUCAGCGCGCCGCGGCCCGGGUCACAAUGCAGCCCGCCCCCUCGACGCCCGGGCCGCGGCGCGCCGCAGACACCUGCCCGGCUCCGCCUGGACCGGAGCGUCCUCCCGCGGCCAGGGGUCCGGCAGCUGCUUCCAGCCUGGGACCAGCCUCGGCCUCCGGCAGAGCGCCCUGGGGCCUGGACAUGAGUGCUCAGGAGCCCCCGCAGGGUCGAAGAUUCCCCAUUGAGGCCGGAGACUCCCCUGGCCUUGCCGCCGCCCCCGAGUCCCAGGACAACCCGGAGCCGGUAGCCACGGAGCACAACCCGGUCAGGCCGCUUCGACGCUGCCCGGGCUGCCACUGCCUGACGCUGCUGCACGUGCCCAUCGACGUCUACCUGGCCAUGGGCGGGAGCCCCCGGGCCCGCGCCACCUGAGUGCGCCUGCGUACCGCGGCUCCGCGGGAGCCGGGCGGGGACGAGGCCCGCCGCGGGCCACCACGUUGAGGUCGCGCGCGCCGAGCACGAGACAAUGAUGCACAUUUUAAAAUAAAAGAAUGAUGCACAUUUUAAUAAAGCACAGCAUAAACUGUUCUUUCCA